AUGUCGAUUGAUUACCUCCUGCACGAAAGCCCUGUUGGCUAUGCGGUAUUCAAAGUAGUAUUGCAGCCUGACACGAUUGGAAAUCGCCUGGCCGAGGUUCAGAAAGCUGUACAGGAUCUGGACAAGUUUGGAAAGACUGUUGAACUCGUCGGUCUCGCGCCGUUCCAGGGCACUCAGGAUGCGCUGCAGGAAAUCAACGACAUCUCUGAGGGCAUCUUGUCCGACUUCCUUCGCGCGACCCUCGAGACCAACCUGCCCAAGGCGGGAAAGAAGAAGACCAUCACCCUGGGUGUGAGCGAAAAGAAUUUGGCGGCAAGCAUCAAGUCAGCUUUCCCAAACUUCUCCUGCGAGACCAGCGACACCUCCGAGGUUGUCGCUGACCUUCUCCGUGGACUCCGUCAGCACUCCAGCAAGCUCAUCAAGAAGCUCCAGCCUGGUGAUAUUGACAGGUCCAUUCUGGGUCUCGGCCACGCCUAUUCCCGCGCCAAAGUCAAGUUCAGCGUUCAAAAGCAGGACAAUCACAUUAUUCAGGCCAUUGCCACUCUCGACCAGGUCGACAAGGAUCUGAACCAGUUCUGCAUGCGGCUGCGCGAAAACUAUGGAUGGCAUUUCCCAGAACUUUCCAAGAUAGUGUCAAGUAACGAGCAAUACGCUAAGGUCGUUCUCAAGAUUGGCGACAAGUCUCGCCUUACCGACGAUGAUGUCCACGACCUUGCCGCCGUUGUUGAUGACGACGAGGGCGUUGCCCAGGCCAUCAUCAAAGCGGCGCGUACAAGUAUGGGACGUGAUCUGUCUGAGGCGGAUAUGGAGAUUGUCAUGGCUUUCGCUAAGCGUACAUCAUCGCUUGCUGCAUACCGAAAGCACUUGUCCAACUACCUUGGGAGCCGAAUGAACCAAGUGGCGCCCAACCUGUCUGCUCUCAUCGGCGAUACCGUCGGCGCGCGUCUCAUCUCCAAGGCGGGCUCUUUGACCAACUUGUCAAAGUACCCUGCUUCCACUGUGCAGAUUCUGGGUGCUGAAAAGGCUUUGUUCCGAGCGCUGAAGACCAAGGGUAACACGCCCAAGUACGGUCUCAUCUACCACUCUUCCUUCAUUGGUCGGACUGGUGCCAAGUCAAAGGGCAGGAUUUCGCGAUUCUUGGCCAACAAGUGCUCCAUUGCCUCGAGAAUCGACAACUUUUCGGAUACGCCAACAUCCAAGUUUGGCGAGGCGCUCAAGCGCCAGGUGGACGAGAGGAUCGAGUUCUACGCUUCCGGUGCUCCUCCUGCCAAGAAUUCAGCCGUCAUGCAGGCGGCCAUGAACUCUGUAAUGGCUGAUAUUGGCAUUGAGGACCCCACGGCGACAGCCGCCGAGGAUGUGGUCAUGGCUGACGGUAUUACUGCAUCGGCUACGGAGCAAGCUGUUCGCAAAGAGAAGAAGAAGGAGAAGAAGUCGAAGAAGUCGAAGGAUGUGGACGCUGCCGAGGAGGUUUCGGAGAAGAAGUCGAAGAAGGACAAGAAGCGGAAACACGGCGAGGAGGAAGUGGGUGAAAAGAAGAAGAAGAAGAGCAAGGCGUGA